GUCAUCACUAAAAAGCUGCAAAAAACUGCUCGGAUGUUAUUUUCUGUUGCGACAAUUUUAAAAGUGAAUAGAACUGGAAAAGUGCGAUAAGGAAAACUAAUAACAGAGCAGUAAAAUGUUCAAUGGUUCACCGCAUCAAGAUUAGCCAGCUCAUCCGAUCCGCCAAGUGCAAAGUUCAAACAGCAUCCGCAGCGGUCCGCAUCACACACUUGAGUCAUGUCGUGGAUGGCCUUUGGAGCCCUUGCCUCCGGCUUUGUUCUUCAGCGCCUGCUGGGCGAUCAGCCGGCCAAUAAGGUGUUGGAAAUCAAGAGUGAAUCACUGGGAACCCUUCAGGUCAUAGCCCGCGAUGACGCCAUGGUUCUGUUUGCACCGCCCUUCAAUGCCAACGACAAGAGGGCCGUGUAUGAAAUUGUCCUACAGCGACCCACCUCGGAUUCCAAUACCACAUCCUUCAGUUUGUACCGCUCGCCGGUGCAGCAGGAAGCCGAGGAACGCUUUAAUGCCUACCUGCAAAGGCUGCCCGUGUUCGUCAGCAUCGUUAAAGAGUAUUACAAUGUUAAUGGCUUGCAAAAGACCUGCGAUGCCCUGGCGGAGAAUCCCUCCUGGACGCUGUCCCAUCUGAUUGCCUACUUCAACCUGGUGGAUUACAUUAGCAACCCGAAGAUGCUGCAGUGCGUGGACUACGCAGAUCCCACCACCUUGAUGUCGCCUUUCCAGCUGGCCAUCAAACAGGGCCACAUAGAGAUGGUGAAGGUUUUGCUGCCGUUGAGCAAGUUGGAGCACUUGGAUAUCAACAGCAAUUCGGUGUUUCACUAUGCUGCUAGCACCACCAAAGAGAUAAUCAAUCUUAUCAUGGAGAAGAGCACAGUUAACCUAAAUCACCUCAACUCGGAUGGUUACACACCCCUUCAUAUCGCCUGUCUCGCUGACAAGCCGGAGAAUGUCAAGGCGCUGCUUUUGGCUGGCGCCGAUGUCAAUCUCAAUGCCAAGAACAUUAGCAAGCUGUACAAGACAUCCGCUCCCACUUCGGUGGCCUCGUUUCUGCGCACCAAUGUCAGCAAGCUGUACACACAAGAUAUGAAAUAUGGCGGCACUCCUCUGCACUGGUGUUCCUCCCGUGAAACCCUACACGCCCUCAUAAUGGAGGGUUGUGAUGUCAACGCCACAAACUUUGAGGGACGCACCGCUCUGCACGUGAUGGUGGCCAGGAAUCGGUUUGAGUGCGUAGUUACUCUGUUGGCCCACGAUGCGGAGAUCGAUGUACUGGACAAGGAGGGAAACGCAGCGCUGCACAUCGCCAUCGAAAAGAAGCUGGUGCCGAUUGUCCAGUGUCUGGUGGUCUUUGGCUGUGACAUCAAUCUACAGAACAAGGAUGGCAAGAGUCCGCGACACAUGGUGGGCAAUGAUGCUAGUGGCAACAAGGAGGACGAAAUCCUCUAUAUCCUUCACUCUGUGGGAGCCAAACGUUGCAAAGAAACGGGCUCAAAGUGCCCGCCAGGAUGCAAUCCCAAGGGCAACUACAAUGGCAUACCGCCCGAGGCACCAGAAUCCGUCGAGCAGCGCGAGCACAUAGAAAAUAUGCUGGCCAGCACCAGUCGGCAAGUAAUGGGCGGUUUUCUGGGCGCAGCGGCCAAUGGAAUUCUGGAGAAGCCACCACCGGCACAGAAACCAGUUGUAGUCGACACAGAAAAAGAAAUGAAGGGCCAAAGCAUAAUGGAUGCCCUGCUGGGCAUGUUCACUACCAAAGUAAAUGCGGACGAGAUGAAGAAGGACACUUCUUCGGGUAGUUUGGCCAGUGGUUCGGGAACGCCGGCUUCAGCUGCUGCCACUCCGGAGGAUCUGCCAUCGCCCAUUUCCGCCGAAAUAGGCGAUAAACCAUACGGACGUGGACGACUGCUCUGCCUUGAUGGUGGAGGCAUUCGCGGCCUGGUCUUAGUACAAAUGUUGCUUGAAAUCGAGAAGCUGUCGCGCACACCGAUUAUCCACAUGUUCGACUGGAUUGCUGGCACCAGCACUGGAGGAAUCCUGGCAUUGGCCUUGGGAUGCGGCAAGACGAUGCGCCAAUGCAUGGGCCUUUACUUGCGCAUGAAGGAACAGUGCUUUGUGGGCUCGCGGCCUUACAACAGUGACUUCUUCGAGUCAAUUCUGAAGGACCAACUCGGAGAGUUCAACGUGAUGACGGAUAUCAAGCACCCAAAGAUUAUGGUUACCGGAGUCAUGGCGGACCGCAAACCCGUCGAUCUGCAUCUAUUCCGCAACUACACGAGCGCCAGCGAUAUUCUGGGCAUAGUGACUUCGAUAAACAACCGGCGAAUUCCUCCUCCACCGCCUAGCGAACAAUUGGUUUGGCGUGCUGCACGCGCCACAGGUGCGGCUCCCUCUUAUUUCCGUGCUUUUGGUCGCUUCCUCGAUGGCGGCUUGAUAGCCAACAACCCAACGCUGGAUGCCAUGACCGAGAUCCAUGAGUAUAAUAUGGCUCUGCGCAGUGCUGGUCGCGAGGCAGAGGCCAUACCGGUUUCCGUGGUGAUGUCCCUGGGAACUGGACACAUACCAGUAACCGAGCUGAAGGACAUCGAUGUCUUCCGACCGGAAAGCAUCUGGGAUACGGCCAAACUGGCCUACGGCAUCUCAACCAUUGGCAACCUGCUAGUGGAUCAGGCCACCUGCUCUGAUGGAAGAGUGGUGGACCGAGCUCGCGCCUGGUGCAGCACCAUUGGUAUACCCUACUUCAGGUUUAAUCCCCAGCUGAGUGAGGACAUAGCUAUGGACGAGAAGGACGAUCAAAAGCUUAUUAACAUGCUGUGGCACACCAAAGCCUACAUGCACGCAAAUCGAAACAAGAUAAUCGAAACGAUAAACUUCCUAAAAUAGCAUGCAAGACGGAUUUAGACCGCAUUUGCUGUAGUGAUCUCCGUUUAGAGAGAUCCUUUCGACUCUUGUCUGUGUACUGUGUAUUCGUUUCACUUUAAUAGUUUUUUUUUUAAGCACCUUUUCUGCGGUCUAAAUCAGCCCACUCACUGGGAAUUCCCCAAUAACACUGAACCCACCACCUGAUCUGAAAAAAAUGAAUCUAUGUUUUUAACCCUAAACAACUGGAAAAUAGCAAAUUCCUCUGCGUUCGUUGUUUUUCCCACUUCCGAGGCUUUAUCUCCAGAAAUACCAAACGAAUUACGCUUUGUAUAUUGUGUUAUUGGAUUUAAGAAGGAAUGUUAUCUCCCAUUAUUUUCAAAAUUCAUUUUAACUGUGUAUUAUUGAAGACUAUGUAUUUUAUGAAAACCCUUAAGUGACCGCGAGCUGAGUCAUAUGCUGUAUAAUAAUAUUAACAUUCCGUGCCGCUUUGUUAGAAAAUUAUUGUAUGUGGUCGAGCACGAGUUUUGAAUAAAACUUUUUAAGUGUGUAAA